UGAGGAUUCCCUAGACUGCUCUCAUUCAUAAAGGGAGACAAGGAGACAGCGGGCAACACCAGAGAAAGACUCCACACCAGCGCCUGGUCACUUUCUUCCCCUUUAACCCCCCCCACACACACACACCAGCCGACCUCAGCGCCCCACCACGGCAGUCCCCACCACUGGGAGAAGGACACACCCGGUCAGGGGUCCUCGGGUCGGAGGUCACAGGUCAGGGGCACCCAGCCCGGCUGGCUCCUAGCAAACAGCUCUAGGACGUCCCUCUCCCUCUGUUCUGUCUGCCUCAGCGGACAGCAGUAUUUCAGCAUGUCGUCCGUGGCGCCACACAGCAGUGCAUUAUAAUGCCCAGAUGGGUGACGGGGCCAUGCAACCUGCCUGACGUGCCGUCGGGGCUGUACCUUCACAUGGUCUUCCUGGUGGCCAGUGUGUGUUUGGCCUGCAGCGACCGCACGCCCGAACAGCUGGCCGCCAUCAUGAACUGUUCCAAGCACGAGCGUCAUACGCGCAACUACGACUACAUGGAGGGGGGAGACGUGCGCAUUCGACAGCUCUUCAGCCGGACGCAGUGGUUCCUCACCGUUGACGACGACGGCAACAUCAACGGGACACAAGACGCCACCAAUUGUUACAGUAUCCUAGAGAUCCGAACUGUGUCCGAGGGAGGAGUUUUAGCCAUCAAAGGAGUGAAGAGCCAGUACUAUAUCUCCAUGAACAAGACUGGGCUGCUGCAAGGCAAGAAAAACUACAACGAGAACUGCAACUUCAAGGAGAUUUUCCUAGAAAACUACUUCAAUGCAUACUCAUCUGCUAAGUGGACUAGAAAUGGCAAAGACAUGUUCAUCGCUCUGUCUCAAAAGGGUAGGCCUCUGAGAGGAAAGAAGACUAGGAGAGAACACAUUGCCUCCCAUUUCAUUCCCAUGAAAUGCAGAGAGGAGGAGAGGACUAGUGUCUGAGAGGAGAAGACUGAAAGAGGAGAGGAUUGAGAUUGAAGGCGAGAGCUGAAAGGGGAGAGGAAUGAGGGAAGAGAUGACUGGCAGAGGAGACGACAGAAAGAAUAAAGGAGAGGAAUGAGAGAAGAGAGAGGAUGAAGGCCGACAAAGAAGAGGAUGGAAAUAGGAGAUGACUGAGAGGAGAGGACAAUGAGGACAGGACUGACAGGAGAGGACAAAGAGGAGAAGACUGACAAAAGAGAGGACAGAGACAGGAGGACUGACAACAGAGAGGGUUGAGGGGAGGAGAGGAUGGAGAGGAGAAGAUGGAGAGGAGAGGACUGACAAAGCAGAUAAUUGAGAGAAAAGACACGGCUGAGAGGAGACAUGACUGAGAGAAAAGAGGAUUGAAGGAGGAAAGGACGGGGAGGAAAGAGAGGACAGACAAAGGAGAGGAUCGAGGGAGGAGAGGACUGAGAGGAGAGAUGACGUAGAAGAGAGAGCAGAGUACUGAAAUAUUGAAAUGGGCCCUUAGAAGAAUAACAAUAGGAAAGGAAAUAAUGUUUCUAAAAGCACAGAGGAAAGAAAGAAGACACAUGGAGAGGAACGAGAUAGCAGAAAAUAUAUAGUAGAAAGAACCAAUGCUGAGACAUCAGGAUGAAGAGACUCAAAAUAUGAUUCUAGCUCAUUAUAACGGUUGAACUGACGAUCUAUAUUGUAUGAUGUUUUAUAAUCUAGUUCCAGUCAGUAAAAGUAUAAAACACCAAUCAUAUGUUUUCAAACACAGGACAAAUACAGUAUCAAUGACACCUUGUGAUCAACAACAUGUCAAGUCGGUACAAUGUAAAUAUUAUUGACACGGUCCACCUUAAGCUUUUACAAAGUUUACAAUUACAUCUGUAACUUUUUAUUUCUACACUGUUAUGAUGACAAUGCAUCAACCUGUUUAUGUCAUAUGAUGAAUAAUAUUAAGAAUAACCUUGACGUGCACUCUGUUCAAGCAUACAUAAUAGGUGUUUUGGUAUAAACAAAAUACAGGAACAGGAAUUACAAAAGGUUUGUGUUUGACAGCAUUGACAAUAUAUUUUUUACAAUUUAACUAAUGCUCCAGGCAAUGUGUUAAUUCAAUGUUGA